AAAAAAAAAAAAGCAAAGUGAGAGCGGAAAGGUUUUAAGUAGGGUUCUAAGCAUAGCUGCCAUUUAAUUUCUUCACACAAUUCAUUCAUUCUUUUGAGCUUCGUUUUCACUAACCAUGUUGAAUCUUCGUCGAAUUUCAUUACCUCUCAGUAGGAUGAGAGGUUUAAAUGUAAGGGUUUCUUGUGUCAAAUUAAUGCCAAAUACUUGUGUUGAAAAUGAGGCUGGUAUCUCUGAUUCUCCUGAAAUAGUUUCCGGUAAUGGAGGUUUUUUGUUGCGGAAUAGAUGUUAUCAUUCUGGGUAUGGUUCUAUGGGGUUUAGUGUUGGUAGACGCGAGUUUUCUUCGGAAGCCGGUGCAAAAGAUACCAAAGAUGAGGAUGAUGAAUUGGAGGAGGGGUUUUCAGAGUUGGAGGAGACGCCUGUGGGUGAUGAAGGAGAAAAGUUGUUGGAUUCUGAUUCAGAAACAGAACUGUCUGAUGAUAGUGUUAGUGAAGUAUCUGACAUUGAGGAACCACACAAUGAGCUGGAGUUACCGUUAUCGCAUGACGAGGGUGGGAUUUCGGAGGUGAAGAAAUUUAGUCGAAAAAGGGUUGAGUCUGAACUAUUCAAGGCGAUUAUGGAUGCUCCGGGUCACUCUAUUCAUACGGCUUUGGAUAAGUGGGUUGAAGAUGGGAAGGAACUGAACAGAGAGGAGAUAUCGUUGGCUAUGGUUAAUCUUCGGAAACAUAAGAUGUAUGAGAGAGCUUUGCAGCUCUCGGAGUGGCUUCAGUCAAAAAAUCAUCUUGAAUUUGUUGAAAGGGAUUACGCUUCCCGGCUUGAUUUGAUUGCCAAACUGCAUGGGCUAUAUAAGGCAGAAGUAUACGUUGAGAGUAUUCCAAAAUCUUUUAGAGGUGAGAUAAUAUACCGAACUUUAAUGGCUAACUGUGUGACUCAGAACAAUAUGAAGAAAGCAGAGGAGAUUUUUAAUAAAAUGAAGGAUUUAGAGUUUCCUCUUACAGUAUUUGUAUGCAAUCAGUUGCUCCUUCUGUAUAAGAGGAACGACAGAAAGAAAAUAGCCGAUCUGUUAUUAUUGAUGGAGCACGAGAAUGUCAAACCUUCUCCUUUGACUUACAAAAUUUUAAUUGAUGUAAAAGGGCAGUCUAAUGAUAUUGAUGGAAUGGAUCAAAUUGUUGAUAAAAUGAAGGCCGACGGUAUUGAACCAGAUGUCCAAACAAAGGCAGUUUUGGUUGGGCAUUACAUCUCAGCUGGGCUUGCUGAUAAAGCUAAAACAUUGUUGAAGGAGAUGGAAGGGGAAAACUUGAAGGAGAAUCGGUGGGUAUGUCGGGCUUUGCUUCCUCUCUAUGCAAACUUGGGCAUGGCAGAUGAAGUGGGAAGAGUUUGGAAGGUCUGUGAGACACACCCUUGGCCUGAGGAGUGUUUGGCUGCAAUUGAAGCCUGGGGCAAGUUGAGUAAAAUCGAUGAAGCAGAGGCAGUUUUUGAGAGGAUGUCAAAAAAGUGGAAGCUUACGUCCAAGCAUUGCUCAGUACUACUGAAGGUUUAUGCAAACCACAAGAUGCUAAUGAAGGGCAAAGAUCUUAUUAAGCGAAUGGCAGAUAGUGGGUGUCGAAUAGGCCCGUUGACCUGGGAUGCAUUGAUCAAACUUUAUGUCAAAGCUGGGGAAGUGGAGAAGGCAGAUAGUGUUCUUCAGAAAGCAGUCAUGCAAACUCAGGUGAAGCCAUUAUUUUCUUCCUAUAUCACUAUUCAGGAGCAGUAUGCUAAGAGGGGUGACAUCCAUAAUACAGAAAAGAUCUUCUAUAGAAUGAAACAAGUUGGUUAUGCUCCUCGAAUAAGGCAGUACCAAAUUCUUAUUGAGGCCUAUAUAAAUGCCAAGGUUCCAGCUUAUGGGAUUAGGGACAGGUUGAAAGCAGAUUCUAUAUAUCCCAACAGAAAUUUGGGUAACAUGUUGAUUCAAGUUGAUGGAUUUAGGAAGAGUCAGGUUUCCGAUUUGCUUGAUUGAGGAGAUUGAUAGAUCCUUCUGCAAGGAAGUUGUUUCUACUUUCUACGGAUGACUAUGCUACUGUUGUUAGUUAAAUAGUAGGUUUUAACAUCUUUGAUUUGAAAGUUUUAUAAUCAUGUUUGAAAAACUCAAGAACAAGUAUGCACAUGUUGCUGCAUAUUUUUUUACUUAUAUAAUAUCUCGCUAUUUGGUUGAAA